UUUUUUUUUUGACGCGCUGUGAGGAUGUGGGCAGGAAACGCCGCCGCAGCGCACGAAGCGAUCACGCUUCCUAGUGGCGUUGCACAGUGCGUGCGAACAAAACGCGUUUUAUUUUAGCGCGCUGAUGUCCAGCAGCGGCUUUAAUCGUCGGAUCCGUCGUCUCGGAGUGUGGCCUAGGAGGGAUCAGAGCCUUCCGCUGCAGCUCGGUGUGAAAACGUCGCCGAAAGGAGGCGUCUGCUGCUUCUCCUCCUCCAGACAUGAGGGAGUACAAAGUGGUUGUUUUGGGAUCGGGCGGAGUCGGUAAAUCCGCACUGACCGUCCAGUUCGUGACCGGAUCCUUCAUCGAGAAGUACGACCCCACCAUAGAGGAUUUCUACAGGAAGGAGAUCGAGGUGGACUCCUCUCCGUCCGUGCUGGAGAUCCUGGACACGGCGGGGACCGAGCAGUUCGCCUCCAUGCGAGACCUGUACAUCAAAAACGGCCAGGGCUUCAUCCUGGUCUACAGCCUGGUCAACCAGCAGAGCUUCCAGGACAUCAAGCCCAUGAGAGACCAGAUCAUCCGGGUUAAGAGGUACGAGAGGGUUCCCAUGAUCCUGGUGGGCAACAAGGUGGACCUGGAGGGAGAGAGAGAGGUGUCCUCUGGAGAAGGCAAGGCUCUGGCCCAGGACUGGAACUGCCCCUUUAUGGAGACCUCAGCCAAAAACAAAGGCUCGGUGGACGAACUGUUUGCAGAAAUUGUCCGACAGAUGAACUAUUCUGCUGCUCCCAGCGGCGGAAACAAGUGCUGCUCCUGCGUCCUGCUCUAAAACUGAAGUCCAACUUGUCUUUUAAAGGGGUCAUAUUGUGCUAAACCGGUUUGUAUCUGCUGCUUUUAAACACUGACAUAUUACCGGAGGUGUUCAGGUUUGACAUCCUUAAAGU